GUUCCUGACUACGGCUCGAUAUGGCUUGUCAAACGCAAGCCAAUUCCAGCUUUUAUUCCAGCUUUUGUGUCAAGAGUCAGCCCAGGAACCAAAAAGAAGCCAGUACUCGUCCUAUGUUACGUAUAUUACAGUACGUAGGAGCGUACACUAUAUAAUUCCCCCCCGUUUUGCGCAAACGUCGUCCAAGUCAUUUAAGUAGGACGAUCCCCUGUCCUCCGCCCCUCUAACAAGGAUAACUUAGUUGCUUCACCGGUACACGCUCAGCCGCCCACGGUUCUCUUCACGAGUCUACUGUGAUACGCUUCCACGUUUUGUUCCGGGACACUGCCUGUUUGGAACGUAGGACUACUCCUGUGUCUAUCAAACCAUUCUUGGUGUACUAUUCGUGACCCGGCAAUUUCAUAAUUGUGAACAAAAAGCUCUCAGGCUGUCUGCGAAACACACCACCGUUGCUUCAAAGGUCGCAACCCCAUAGUUGCCGUCUUUGGCGAGUUCGCGAGUUCCCCAUUCCACAGCCGUGAACACACCCGCCCACGACCGACCGACCGACCUUGACACAACUCACGCGCCUGGUCUCUGGGUCAAGGUUGGCUGCAGCACGCUGCGGCACAGUGCCAAUCGGAUCGGCCAUCUCCUAAGCCAUUAACAGGGACCAUGGUUCGGAAACCGACUCCGCUCGUUUUCACCUCCACGGCGUCGAGCAAUGACGGCGGCGCCGCCAGCGCGAUCAACGAACCUCCCCAAUCGGACCACAGCGUCAAGUCGCCAGGGCCGCGAUCGUUCCGCUUCAGUAAGAAACCCAGCCUUGCAGAUAAUCCCGAAAACUUAUCAGGGAUGCAAGCUCCCGAGCAAUAUCAAUUUCCGCAAUCAGCUCGUAUUCCCUCCUCCCCACACCAGGAUUCGUUGGGGAACAACCAGCAGAACGACGGAUCAACAAUACCAGAGGGACAACGCGCGUACACCCCGUCGACAUCGCCACAGAGGACGGGCUUUUUCGCAAACAUGAAGGCGUCGAAGUCGUCGAACCGUCUGCAACAAGCCGAGGCCAAGAGGCCCGCAACAAGGGAUAGGACUAUUUCUAGGGACAGUGUCCAGCAAGGCGGCCCAGAGCCUAGGGACGACGGAUCCACCACACGACGACUCGUGGCUAGCCCUUCCCGAUCAGAACCACAACUAAAUACGUACGCCGACUCGACCCCGGUCGAUACUGUAGGCGACGGUGCCCAAGCAAACUACAACUCUGCUAGCAGACGACCCAGGCCCAAAGGCUUCAACCUACUACGAAGAACAAGCUCGAUACGAAAUGACUCAGAACCAAUGAGCUCAGGGGAAUCAUCAACACUGUCGCCGAACGACCAAGACCGCCAACAAGUACUGGAGGGACUACGUACAGCUCCGCUCCGUGCCGACAACGACCGAACCUUCAGAGAUCUGAUCAAGAACUCCAACUCGCGCAAUCGCUCGGCUGACCGCCAGCCUUCUGGACAAAGACCAGAGGUGAGACGGGAGCCAAAGGAUACGCACCGCGGCACGUCCUCUAUAUCAAUGUCGCGGGAUACAGGCGGCACGUCGCUCAUUAACAGCCUUAAGGGCGCUGGGACGAAGGCCGCGUCGUCGUUUGGCAGGAAUUUCUUCGGCAAAUCGACACGCAGCGGUAGCACGAAUGAGAAGGAAGGGCCGAUUGAUGAUGAGCAUUACGUGUUGAGGGUGCUGAAUCUGCCGCUGAUAGAGCAGACGAGGGUUUCGCGCAUAUCGAAGCAGCUGGAGACGUCGAGGGAUAAGACGGAAUUCUGGAUGCCGUCGUUUCCUUGGAGGGCUAUUGAUUAUCUAAACUAUAGAGGCACGGAUGCUGAGGGGCUGUACAGAGUGCCUGGUAGUGGACCUCAGAUUCGGAAAUGGCAGCGGAAAUUUGACCAAGACCUUGAUGUGGACCUCUUCGCGCAAACAGAUUUAUACGAUAUCAACAUUGUCGGCUCCAUGCUUAAGUCUUGGCUGCGCGAGUUGCCAGACGAGCUCUUCCCCAAGGACGCCCAAGAGAGGGUAUCGAAAGAGUCGCCCAAUUGCGAAGACGUGCCGCAGGUCCUGAUCGACGAAUUAUCCAACUUACCGCCUUACAACUACUACCUCCUCUUCGCCAUCACAUGCCACCUCAGCCUCGUCCUCGAGCACAGAGAAGCAAACAAAAUGAACUACCAAAACCUCACAGUCUGCUUCCUGCCAUGCAUGAGAAUGGACGCCUACUGCUUCCGCUUCCUCGUCGUGAAAUGGCGCGACUGCUGGAAGGGCUGUAACACUGAAGCAGUGUGGUUGGAGAAGGAGGCGAGAUGGCGCGAGGAGACGAAUGGCACGAAGGCUGCUGAUGAUAGGAGAACGAGUACGGCUAUUGAGGAUAGAAAUGUGUCGUCCCCGGAUAGCAGUCACCCAUCUAGCCUCAACCGCGGGAACCAGCAGAGACCAGCCCAGAGCCAGGAGCAGGCUGCGAAGACGUCGGCGACUACUGCGCCUGCGGAGAAUGAGAGGCCGGGAUACCAGUAUUCGAGAGAGACGCCGCCGUUGGGGACGACGAAUGGCGGAAGCCCCCUGACUGCUGCCGACCAGCGAGGUCUCGGCGGUGAGCGGGAGAUGCUGCUGCCGAUUCAGCCAAUGUCGCCAAUGUAUAUGCCCGGCUCGGCCUUGGACUCCUCCUAAGCGCUGGUUGGUUCCUGUUCAAGCUAGUUGCUACCACAGGCACUGUGCUAAGCUGAAGAGACUUCAGAGGUUAUUCUUUCGCGGUGCAUAUCAGUCUUGACCCGAACUACCAGGUCCCUAUUCGCAUUUAUACAACAAAAACGUCCCCUUUUUACUCUCACCACACACAUCGCUCUUAGCCCGUCUUUUCAUCAGCAUUUGACGUUUUUGAAUACCCGUUCUUGAGCGUUUCAUUUCCUAGCAGAUGCAUGAGUCGUCCUCGUUUUUUUUUUUUUGUUUGUUUGCGCUUUUUUUGGAUUUUGGUUUACUCGCAUUACUUCAUAGUUGAUAGGGUUGGUUGAUUUGUUGGGUUGGAGGAAGAUUUUCCUUAUAAAGAAGCUAGGGGGGAGAGGGAUGGUUGGAGGCUAUAUGGAUCCCACAACCAGACCGGGUGCGAAAAGCUCAAGUACGUGGUUGGGGGAUUGCUUUUGGAGAUUGGCACACACGAGACAUAUAUUUUUUCUUUGGAGCGGAAAAUUGGGUAUGCGAUGCGAUGUGAGCAUUUUUGGCCGUAGGAACGAUGGCAGGGGGUUAGUUUUUGGCAUUGUACGAUAUCAGAAGCAAUGGGGGGAGGCUUUUUUAUGACGAUGCGUUGGUUGGCGUGAUAUGAGCGGCCGAGCGAUGAAGUAAUGAAGCAUAAAGAUUUUGAGAG